CGUUUGACUCAGUUCUUCUCUCGCGAGCGUGGCUUUAACAUAAAAACUUACCAGUCCUACGGAUUGCUUUAAGUUCAAGUUUUUUGAAAUCGCGCGAAAAUCAGUCUUAAAAAAUGUUGUUUAUCGGGUCAGUUUGCGCUAUAAUUGCGAGCGUUCUCGCCUAUCGCAAGCCUAAAGAAAGUUGGCCCCUCAUUGUCAUUCACAUGAUCUGUGAAAUGAAGUUCGGUUUACUAGCUGCCAAGGAAAUCCUCAAUGAUUGGAUCAACGCAAAAUAUAAUAAAAACAAUUGUCCACCUCAGACAGGUAGAGUUGCCAUUAUAACAGGAGGAUCCAGAGGAAUUGGUGCUGAUGUGGUUAAAAUGCUUUUGGAACUUGAUAUGGAAGUAAUAAUUGCUUGCAGAACACCUAGUGCCGGUGAGAAAGCCAUUCUCCAAAUUAGAGAAUCAGGUGUUAAAAGUGGGCAAGCAAAAGUAUAUCAACUUGACAAUUCUUCUUUGGAAUCUGUAAAACAAUUUGCUGCAGAGAUAAAAAAAAAUUACACAAAAAUACAUGUUCUGAUCAAUAAUGCUGGUAUUAUGUUUGGUUCUUACAAGGAGACUGGAGAUGGUUUUGAAGAACAGUGGGCAGUAAAUUAUUUAUCACAUUUUUUAUUAACUAUCCUUCUGUUACCAUUAUUGAAAGCUGGUAGUCUCUCACAACAAUCCAGUAGAAUUGUUAAUGUUAGCUCUUGUGCUCACCUCAUGGGUAAAAUAAACUUCAAAGACAUUAAUAACAAACAGAGAUUUGUUACGGGAUACGCAUACGCUCAAAGUAAAUUAGCACAAGAAGUAUUCACAAAAAAAUUACAAAGUCUGUUAAUAGAAAAAGGGUAUAACAUAAAUGUAUAUUCUGUGCAUCCAGGCAUCGUGUUUACAGACCUUUUUGUACAUUCUUUUGUGUGGAAAUGCAAAACAUUAGCACAACAUCUUUUCAAGACCCCACAACAAGGAGCUGUUUCCAUUGCAUAUGCAGCUGUGAACCAAGCAGUUGAACAUUCUGGUGGUACAUACAUUAGUAACUGUCUCCCUAGUCCAGUUAACCCAGAUGCUGUAGAUGUGUCUGUACAAAGCAAAUUGAUUGAUUUAUCUCUUGAACAAGUACAGCUAAAAAAUAUAUUUGAAUAUAUGUAGUAACAGUACAAUAAAUUAUCAACUACUGU